AUGACCACUACAACUUACCUAGACCUCGGGCCGUUUUGUUUUUCGUUGCGCUCCGAGAAAGUGGUCGAAGUGCUGUACAGACGGACCGACAAGCCUCAGUCGACCAUCAGCAUGUUGUGCAGCCGCUUCGUGGCCAACAUCAGAGAUCCCGAUAACUCAAAUGAUGAAAUUAUAGAAAACGAUAAAUAUAGUGAUGAAGAAUUUGAUUUACAUUCAGAUAAAUAUAAAUUAGGCACUACAAUUGUUGAAAAUGAGCCAUGUUAUCAUAAAAUGAAAUUAUACGAUAAAGGAGUACAUAAAGUUAAUGCAGCUCUUAAGGAUAUAGGUUUGAAAGUGGGUAAUUCGAAUUCUAUACAUUAUAAUAUGGAGCCGUUACAGAUAUAUUAUCAUAAGAAUAAUAUUGCCAAUUACAUUCAAAAUAGAAAAUAUUAUUCACCAAAAUCAAAUAGUUCAAUAGGUAGUCCAGAUAAAUAUUAUUGCGAAGACAGUGGUUACAAAUCAUUUUCAUCUAAUUUGUCUUCAGAAAGGAUAUUUUACAUUGAUGUUGAUGAGAAUAGAAAUUAUUAUCAAGAUCGACCAACAACUCCAAAAAGUAUCGGACAUAUUCACAAAGAAAAAAGAUAUUCUCAUAGGCCUUGUAAUCGGAAAAGAUUUUCCAAUAGAUACUGGACAAUGAGGCAUAUGUUAUUUUCAAAAUUUGAACAUGGUAUUCUACUGGAUGAUGAAAGCUUUUAUUCUGUGUGUCCAGAAAUAUUAAGUUACCAUAUAGCAAAACGUUGUAAAAAUGACAUUGCCUUGGACCCUUUUUGUGGGGCCGGUGGGAAUAUAAUUCAAUUAGCAUUUACAUCCAAUUUAGUUAUAGCAGUUGAUAUAGAUCCAUAUAAAAUAAAACUUGCACGAAACAAUGCCGAGAUAUAUGGUGUAGCUCAUAAAAUUGAAUUUAUAGUUGGGAAUUUCUUUGAAAUUUGUUCAAUGUUAAAAGCUGAUGUUAUUUGCAUGUCGCCCCCAUGGGGUGGUCCAGAAUAUGUGAUCAAUGAUAGCUUUAGUAUUGCAUCCAUGUGCAAGAAUUAUAAAUUUGGUGGUUUUACUAUUUUUGAUAUUGUUAAAAAUAUUGCACCAAGUAUUGCAUUUCAUAUGCCCAAAACCACAAAUAUAUUUGAAUGUUUAUGGUUAGCAAGAUUUUUAGGAAAAGUGGAAAUACAGCAGAAUAUUAUCAACCACAAGCUGAAUUCCAUUACAGCAUUUUAUGGAGACUUUAUUGAUUUAACUAGUAACGACUAUUAA